AAAAAAAAUGAGUGACGAAAAUCGUGAUCCAUCUUCAAGUCCUUUACAAUCAAAAAUACGUCCAAAACCAGUUGAUGCCAAAUCAGCAGCUGCUUCAUCAUUAGUAUCAUCAUUAGAUAGUCCUAAAUCGGCAACAAUAACUAAUGUAUCACAACGAUUACCUUCAACUUCUGUUGAAGUAUCUGUUGGCGAUAUUUUAUCAACUGAUGAUAAACGUGCAUCAGUUAGUGUACGUAAACAACAAACACGUUAUUCAUCAUCAUCUGGUUCAUCAUCAGAAUUUGGUGAUAUAACACAAAGUACAUUUACAGCAACAAAUAAAAUGGAUUUAGGUGAAGCAACACGUGAAUUAACACGUUUAUUACAUAUUGGUAAUGAUAAUACAAUAAAUGAAAUACAUUUAAAUCCUGAUGCACCAGCUUUUACACCAACUGAUUUUUCUCCAACAUAUCGUUCAGAAUUAGCACCAGCACAUUUACGUCGACGUGCAACACAAGGUGAUCAAUCUAAUUAUCGUCAGUUACGUUCACGUUAUUAUUCGGAAUCUUAUCCAACAAUACCAACAAGUAAUUCUCCAAUACGACCAUUACUUUCACUUGUACCACAACAUUUUCCAUAUAAUCGUCAAUCAUGGAAUACAACAAAUUCACCAUCAAAUUCUUGGUGGCAACAAGAAUAUAGUAAUUCAUCAAAUUCAACAUCAUCUUAUCAUUCCAAACCGGCAUAUUCACCUUAUUCACCAUUAAUGCCACCAUUAACAGAUGAUAGUCUUUAUCCAAAUAGACAUUCAUCAAAACGACAACGAGUACAUUCAAAUAGAGCUUUUGUUUUUCCAAAUCAAUCAACAACAAAUAGAAAACGUUCACAUUCAGGUCCUGAAACACCUUUACAAGUACCACCAACACAUCUCAAUGGUAUUCAUUCAUUAACUAAAAUAAUGAUUGAUAUUUUACGAAUAAUUGAUCCAUUACCAAUAAUGGAAGAAGAAAAACAAAAAAAUGAAUCAAUAUCACCAACUUCAAAUAUAUCUUCUAAACAUCAACAGAAAUAUCGACGAUCAUCAAAUUCUCAUCAUCAACGACGUACACAACAACAACAACAACAACAA